ACCAGGGUACUGAACGUGUGCAACAGAGACGUCUUUUGGGAUUUGAUUGGAGUCGAGGUGGUGUCUCGGUUCCCGUAACCUCGCCCCCCAGGUGUCCCUCCUCGCCCCCAGGUGUACCCCAAAGCCAGGCACCAGGGAGAGCCACACCGAACACACAACUCCACUUGGGUUUAUUUGUAAUUGUUUAUUUGUUUGCAAUUUAAGAACCCCGGCAGUAGCUUUGCAGUGUCUACCUCCAGUUUUAUGGAUAUGGAGCUGCUGUGUUUAGAGGACGACAGUUUUAGUGAACACCCCGCCGGUAAGAGCCAGACCGUACCGGUGCUCCGUGCGAAAUCGGACCCGGUAUUGUUCAGGGACAAGCGGGUCCUCCGAAACCUCCUCUCUCUGGAAGAGAAGGUCCCGCAGCGGCCCGCCUGCUUCGGCACCGUCCAGCGAGAGAUACAGCCGGGUAUGCGCAGGUUACUAGCGCUGUGGAUGAUACAGGUGUGCGAAGAUCAGAAAUGCGAGGAGGAGGUGUUUCCGGCAGCCAUGGAUUACCUGGACAGGUACCUGUGCUGUGCACCUGUGCGGAAGGAGCACCUGCAGCUGGUGGGGACCGUCUGCAUGUUCCUGGCCUCCAAACUCCGCGAGACCGUCCCCCUGACCGCGGAGAAGCUCUCCAUCUACUCAGACAGUGCGGUGUCUGUGCGCGAGCUGCUGGAGUGGGAGCUGGUGGUGGCCGGCAAGCUGAAGUGGGACCUGGCGUCUGUGGUGGCUAGCGAUUUCCUGCAACUCAUUCUUCAGAGGCUGCCCCCCCUGCCCAGCGCCAGCCAGGCCCUGGUCCAAAAGCACGCCCACGUCUUCAUUGCCAUGUGUGCCAUAGAUUUGAAGUUCUGGAUGUGCCCGCCCUCCAUGAUCGCGUCGGGCAGCAUCGCAGCUGCGAUUCGUGGGCUUGAGAUCCCAGGGCCCGCCUUCUCCAAUGACUCGCUGCUGGAGCGACUCGCUACAAUCACAGCGACCGACGUGGACUGCCUGCGAGCCUGCCUGGAGCAAAUAGAGAACGCACUCCAGUACAACCUGCCCAAGGAGGGCAGCCUGUCGGGGAGCCCCGAGCACAACACCACCAGGACCCCCACCGACCUCUGGGACGUGCUCCUCUCCCCGAGCCCAGCCAGAGAGCCGGAGGCUGGGGAGGAUUCUGUACCCACUGCCUGAUGCACGCGGCGGACAGGCACAGAGAAACAAGAGGGUGAAGCACAAGCACUGCCAGGGUGCAGGACUGAGAAUGCAAUCUACGACAUUUUGUAGCGUACUGUUCCUGUUACAUCAGUCCUGCCCCCAGGGGGGGGGGUGUGUGUGGUCCCCCCCCCUCCCCAGUCAAUGCACUGAAGUUGUUUAAGUUUUUGCUGUUGUGUCAAUGUUUUAUAGCUUCAGAAAAAAAUAUAUAAUACAAACCAAAAAAAAGGCUGUAUUAGAUGUUGAAAUUUUGUACCGGUUGGCUUUUGUUUUUGUAAAGCCGUUGUUCUCAGUGGUUCAGGGUUUAUGCGGCAGGGAGCUGCUGUUUCCCAUAAGCCUGCCUGAGUGCUGUAAUACCGAGCCAGGGCCAGUCUAGCAGCAGGCUGGGUGCUCAGUUUAUAAAAGGAACCCCCGUCUCACCUCUUGCACCGCAGUCUCUGCUGCAUGUCACUAUAGUUCUGAACCCCCCCCCCCCAAAAGAAAAGCUGCUUUUGGUUAAGGUUUCAAACUGAAAUUAAUAAAAAAAAAAUUAAAAAAGCUGGUCAGUCAUUGCAUUUCUUUUCAUGUCUCUGUCUUCUAGCAGAACAGUCUAUACCCAGUACCUGAAACCUCGGUUUGUGUUUAAACGCAGUGUUAGCUCUGCAAGACCAAUGCAAAUUCAACUUUUAAUCAGG